AAAAAAAUCAAGUUAAAGCAUGGAAGAGUUUGAUUUAAAUUGAGAAAUAGAAACUAUCUAUACUGCAUCAACUUCAUCAGCCCAAGAAGCCAGUAAGAGUGUAGUGAGCCACUUCAAAGACUUACUUGACAAGAACAAAGAUGAUACAACCCAAAUAGAAGAAGCAGUAACCAGCUUAAAGGAAAAGCUGCUUGGAGGAGUGGCUGAUACUGACAAAACUAUCGCAGUUAGGUUUGUUGAAUGUGUAGUUUCCCUUACGAACGAGGAUGAAUACUUCCACAUCCAGCUUAAAGAAAUACUCGAUCUAAUCUUUGAGCACUUUUUCGAAGAAGAUAUGCUUGUGAAAAUAACUCUUAUCGACUUCGUCAUCGAUAUCUGUAACUCAUCUUGGAAUGUUAAGUACUUACUUCAAAAUGGCUUCUUAGAUAAGAUCCUUGCUGACGCAGUUGAGACAGGAGAUGUAUUUGGCCUGAUCAGCAGGAGGUUCAUCAUGGCUAUAGCAUGCAUUCACCAAAAGUACCCAAAAGAGUUCCCAAUAAGUGAUGAUUACAUGUAUUUCUUAAAAAGAAAUAUGGAAAUGACUGAAAAUGAAAACAAAGAUGUAGCUUUGAAUGCACUCUAUCUAUUGUUGCAGAACAAGGAUAAUAUCAAGAUAUUUAUAGCUGAUGUAGAGUUUAUUGUAGACUGGCUUAGAGCCACAAAUUAUCUGAGUGAAGAUAUCAGGAAGUCCUUCUUUUUGUCUCUCAGAUCAUUGCUCUAUGUUCCAGAAGAUUGCGAAAAUUUUGCAGAAAUCAAUCCAAUUAUCUUUAAAAUUUUCAGCAAUAUUACUUCACCAGAGAAUUACAGAGAUGGGAAUGGAAGUAUUACAGAGGCUAUAACUUAUGUUGUAAAGUACACUGCAGUGCCUGCAGUUGCUGAGGAUGCUAAGCUGAUUUACUUCAAACUACUGAAUGAACUCAUCCUCUGGCAAUGGGGUUAUAAGGCCUUGUUCAAAAAUGAAGAUUUUGUAGAAUAUAUUCUCAGUCGAAAACAUGAUGAAACAAAGGCCGUACUUGAGGCCAAAUAUGAGUUUAUCACUAACUGAGUCCAAAACCCGCUAAUUGAUGAGAAGUACAAGUGCAUCGACCCUAAGAUUGCAGAGGGACUGAAGAAUUAUCAUAAAGAAGGAAUCUAUCCAACGAGUGCUCCUCACGAGGAAUCUCAAGCUCAUGAUUUCCACGUUGCCACUGAAGGAGCAGGCUAG